UGCGCGCGUUGUCCUAUCCGAAGUGGAACCUUCAAGCUGUCCAGUCAGAGCGCGCCUCUCCCGGGUCCCGCCCCUGGGCCUCGGUGCUCCGCUUACUCCGGCCCAACCCGUCCCCACCAGCCCGGUGGCGGAGUCGAAGCGCAGUUACCCUCGGGACCUCGGAUCAUGUCGCUGCGAGUGGCGAGGAGCGUGCGGGCUGUGGCCUGCAGCCUACGCACCGCCCUGGCCUCCUGCCCGCCGCGGCCCUGGGCGCCGAGAGCCGCCGCCGUCCGCUCGCUGCGCACCGGAUCUGCUUUGCUGUCGGUGCGUAAAUUCACAGAGAAACAUGAAUGGAUAACAACAGAGGAUGGUAUUGGAACAGUGGGAAUCAGCAAUUUUGCUCAGGAAGCUUUGGGAGAUGUUGUUUACUGUAGUCUUCCUGAAAUUGGGACAAAAUUGAAAAAACAAGAGGAGUUUGGCGCUUUGGAGAGUGUAAAGGCUGCCAGUGAACUCUACUCUCCCCUGUCAGGAGAGGUAACUGAAGUCAAUGAAGCACUUGCAGAAAACCCAGGACUUGUCAACAAAUCCUGUUACGAAGACGGUUGGCUGAUCAAGAUGACACUGAGUGACCCUUCUGAGCUGGAUGAACUAAUGAGUGAAGAAGCAUAUGAGAAAUAUGUGAAGUCCAUUGAGGAGUGACCGUAGCACACCUCCACUUCCAGAUAAAACUGGGAUGGGACCUGCUCCAUGCUUGUCUUAAACUAGUGGAGAAUAGAGGACUUGAAAUAACUUUUAGCGAUACUGAUGGAAAGAAACUGUUCUUGACAGUGCUAAAGACCCACCCCCAUCUUCCUAAUGGAUGCAGAUAAACACAGUGGACAGAUUUUUGAUAAUCACCAUACUAAGUAUUUAGACUAGGGGUUAAGUUCUGGUGUUUAGAAUUCAUAAGAUCAUCUGCAGUAAAAAGUGGUUAUGAGGCUGGUUUUGGUGAUGGACCACUGUUUAAUCCCAGCAGAGGCGGAUGUUAGUUCAAGUCAGUCUACAUAACAGGUUCCAGACCAGCCACAGCUACGUGGUGAGACCCUACUCACUGGUUAUAAGAAUUUCAUAAUUCAGGAUAACAGUGGUUUAUCUUACAUAAUUUUGUAACUUGCCCAUAUCCACCACCGGAUUUUGGUCAGAGACUUAGUGUCUUCUCAUUGGAAAUGCCUGGGAAUGCAGGGAAGUGUUGCACAGUGUUGUCAGAUGCAGGAGAGUACUGUCUUGGUUUUGCCAUGUGCUGUGUUGGCUGUUGUUCCCACCGGGAAGCACUGGCUUUGCAGCACCACGAGAAACAAAUAAAACAUUCAUCUUCUUUGUUCA